AUGGUUAGCCCAAGAGCCACUCGAUGGCAAAACCGCCUUCCGCACGCACUUCGCCUGCGCGUCAGCGCAUGCACUGAGUCCCAAGCGCAUUCUUCCCGCAUCCCCUGCUUGCUGAGGUUCUUCAUUUUCUCCGCCGUGUGUACCCUAGCCUACAUUGGCGGUGUGAUUCCACACUCUAGACCAGCGCCGCCAAAACCUUCGACACGCUACGAUCUUCCUGGAGGAUUCGGAAGAGUGAUUUCUUCGGACGAGGCGAUUUCUACCCGCGACGGAAUCUCGUUGGAUUCAUCGUGGGAUCUGCGCGAUGACGAGGUGCUGCCUGGAGUGUCGCACGCGCGACUGGCGAAAUGGCGAGCCUCCGCCGCGCGAUCACGGCUGAGCGCCGCAGCUGACGCUGAUACCACGGCUAGAGCUACACCGGUUGACGCCGCUCGAGCCGACGACGAAGCUUCCUAUUCUGACCGCAAGGGAAAGCGUGAAGGUGGUGACGAGCUGUGCGGCUGGCCGGCUCCCGCUGCUCCUGCGCGCGAGACGGAGGAGGGGUUUCAGGGGGACUCGGUGUGGUACAGCACGAACGGCAGCAAGUGGAUGCAGCACGGAUAUCUGGAGAUGCUUCUAGCGGAGAUGACAGGGCGCAGAGGGGUACUAGCGGGGAUUGCGGGGGACGAAUCGGAGGCUGUAUGCGUGGCGGUGUAUCUGCCACCUCAUUGGUUCCCCUGCUCCGACUCGCCAGCUGGCUGCCAGCUGGCGGUGUGGGUCCGCCCCGCGUCGUCCGACGUGGCGCUGCUGUACCACCUGCUCGACACGCGCGCCUUCCGCUUCCUGCGCCCCUCGCUGCUGCCCCACUUCCGCCCGUCCGCCAUCCUUGAUGCGGGCGCCAACAUCGGGCUCGCCUCCCUCAUCUUCGCCCUGCGCUUCCCCCGUGCGCUGAUAGUGGCAGUGGAGCCGGCACGGGACAACUUCGCCCUGCUGCAGCGCAAUGUGAAGCACCUGCCCCGGAUACUGCCAGUCAAUGCCGCCCUCUGGUCGCACGACACCCGGAUAGCCGUCACAGCCGGCCGCAGGGAGGGCUUCUGGGCCUGCAGCAGAGGGAACAAAAGGAGGAGGAGAAAGGGGGGGGGGAAGGGGGGGGGGGGGGGGGGCGACGCACGGCCUCCCCGGGCGCCAAAGCAAGCGGCAGAGGGGGCGACGACUCCCCCCCCCUUUCAGGUCGCCCCCCCGAAGGAGCCGCGACAGGUGACGGGAAGAAGGUUGGGGGCGGGACCGCAAGUGGGCGACGGGGCCGCAAGGUUGGGCGGGGCCGCAGGUGGCGACGGGGCCUCAGUUGGCGGGGCUGCAGGUGACAUCGGGGCCGGGGCCAAGGGCGGCGACGGGGCCGCAACAGAGGGCGGCGAGGCCGCUGGUGAGGGCGGCGACGGGGCCGCAACAGAGGGCGGCGACGGGCCGCAGGUGAGAGCGGCAACAGGGCCGCAGCUGAGGGCGGCGACUGGUCGGUGGCCGCUGGUAGGUGACGGGGCCGGGCCGCAAGUGGGCGACGGGGCCGCAAGGUUGGGCGGGGCCGCAGGUGGCGACGGGGCCUCAGUUGGCGGGGCCGCAGGUGACAUCGGGGCCGGGGCCAAGGGCGGCGACGGGGCCGCAACAGAGGGCGGCGAGGCCGCUGGUGAGGGCGGCGACGGGGCCGCAACAGAGGGCGGCGACGGGCCGCAGGUGAGAGCGACAACAGGGCCGCAGCUGAGGGCGGCGACUGGUCGGUGGCCGCUGGUAGGUGACGGGGCCGGGCUGCAAGUGGGCGACGGGGCCGCAAGGUUGGGUGGGGCCGCAGGUGGCGACGGGGCCUCAGUUGGAGGGGCCGCAGGUGACAUCAGGGCCGGGGCCAAGGGCGGCGACGGGGCCGCAACAGAGGGCGGCGAGGCCGCUGGUGAGGGCGGCGAGGCCGCUGGUGAGGGCGGCGACGGGGCCGCAACAGAGGGCGGCGACGGGCCGCAGGUGAGAGCGGCAACAGGGCCGCAGCUGAGGGCGGCGACUGGUCGGUGGCCGCUGGUAGGUGACGGGGCCGGGCUGCAAGUGGGCGACGGGGCCGCAAGGUUGGGCGGGGCCGCAGGUGGCGACGGGGCCUCAGUUGGCGGGGCCGCAGGUGACAUCAGGGCCGGGGCCAAGGGCGGCGACGGGGCCGCAACAGAGGGCGGCGAGGCCGCUGGUGAGGGCGGUGACGGGGCCGCAACAGAGGGCGGCGACGGGCCGCAGGUGAGAGCGGCAACAGGGCCGCAGCUGAGGGCGGCGACUGGUUAA